UUGAGAUGUAUCCUCAUGUAAUUAGCCACUUGCUCCCAAGAAAGAAUCAAUAGAUACACGUAAACACAAAAAAAGGGGUAUAGAAUAUGUAGUAUUGCGGAGCAUUAGCGACGCAAUUAUUUGUAUUAAUUUUUGGACACACUUUCAAACCUCGAGCGGAUCAAUUGCGAAGCCUGAGGCUGAAAAGCCUUUCAAUUGGCAGGCCAUUUCAUACACCUACAGUUCACUUGCUGGCUGAUUUAGCGUGCUAGAGAUAAAAUCCAUGACCAUCCAGAACAUUCAAAUACCGACUCGCCUGAAUAAUAAUAGGGACGCGAUCGUCGGGUGGCGCGGGGUAGUCGCAGCGGCGCGCCUCAGACACAAACCAGCCGUUUCUAUUUAGGGACACCGCAACAACGUCCUUAUUAUUAUUAUUCCCAGCGCGCCAAUUCAUUCAACCACAAGACAAAAUACAAAAUGUCAGCAUUCGCGCCCACUGCCUCCAGUGGCUCUGCAGCCCCCAGUGAAUUCGAGCUGCAACGCUCCGAACUGCUGCGCGAAAUCGCUCUUGGCAUGGAAUCCGUGCUGCAGAAUAUCAACCGGCUGAACCGAAAUCUGGAAAGUAUCAUUGCGGUCGGGAACGAGUUCGGCUCGGUCGAGGCGUUAUGGAGCCAUUUCGAGAAUUUCAUGGAUGCCGACGAGACCCAGCAGCAGACGGAUGAAAAGGAGGAGGAAGAAGAUACGCAGGCUGCAGAGAACGAGGAGACAGUGACAGAGGAUAAUUGAAAUGAUUGUACGAUUUUACGCGUUAUGUAAAGAUACCCGGCGUUAUUAUUCGUGAAAUAUAUUCAUUGAUUGACUAAUGAAGUCCAGCGCCAAACUCCUACUCCA